AUGAAUGCGGCGAUAAAAGCCUAUAAUUUUGCUAUAGCAAUGCCUGCUAAACUUCUUUCUGGAAAAAACAUCAAUAUAGAAAUAAAAGAAAUUAAUCCAGACAUGUCGCUUGAAGAAAUUCAAAAAAGCGGUGCUGGAACUUUUGGUCUUGGGGUGAUUGAUGCAGCGGUUAAAUUCGUUAGGAGAGUAGGACUUCCUGCUUUACAAGGCAUAAGUGCUUUUGGCUACGGAGGACCACAAUUAGCUUCUAUGCUGUCCUUGCCUCUUGCCACAUUAGAAGGAGCUAUCGAUCAUACAAAAGACCUAAUGCUCGGCAAUGCUCUUGGUAAUCUUGCUGCUGAAAUAGGUGAUAUAAAAGAUGGUCAAUCUAAACUAAAUAGUAAAAUCAAUGCUCAAG